CGAUUAGAGACGAACAAUUAGAGCCCUGGGAAAACGAAGCCUCAAUCCGGGGCGCGCGCGCCUGCGCGUGGCCAAGUCUGGCGACAGAGCCACGCGCGCGCGCAGGCAUCCGCUCCCUGUCGUUUCUGCAGCGGCCGGGCGGGAGGGGUGGGGAGGGCAAGAGCUGGUCGAAGGACACGAAGGAGCGGCUCCCCCCCGGCUGGAAAAGAGGCUGCCCCUCUCCCCCCCCCCUCCUGAAUGGAAGCGCGGCUUCGUCCAGAGCACCCCUGGAUUUCGCCUGCCCAAGAGGAGGAGGAGGAGGAGGAGGAGACAGGCGGGCAAGGCUCGGCGUGCCAGCGAUGAGUUCCUGGCUCCGGGGAUUGCCAUGCUGCUCGCGCUGCUGAAGGGGAGAAGUUGCUUGGCAUCCCUCGCCCCUACCUGGCUGCUUUAAAGCCGACGGAGAGAUGCUGCUGCUGCUGCUGCAAGGCAGGGCGCCCGCUUCCUCGACUCCUCUGCAAGCGGCGGGCUCUCGGGGGCGCCUUUGAGGAGGGCGAAGGGGAAAGAGCGGGCAGGGAUUCUGGAUCCCUUUUUGGACUCCUCGACGCGGUGGGGGGAGAAACAACGAACCUUCGCCCGGCUGGGCUGAGCGCAGCGGAAGCUUCUGCUUGGUGGAUGUGUAUGAAUGAGUUCUGCACCGAAUGGGCGCAAAAAGCGCCCCAGGUCCGCGGGCUCGAUCUUCCAGAUCAGCAAAACGCCGCUGCACGGCAGAGACGGGGAACGCCGAGGCAGCACCUCGGAGGGCGCCUACAAGACCCAGAGAGUCCUGGAUGACUGCAAGAUGCUUGUCCAGGAUUUCAAUACCCAGGUGGCUCUGUAUCGUGAAUUGGUCAUUUCCAUUGGGGACGUAUCAGUCACUUGCCCAUCUCUACGUGCUGAAAUGCACAGGACUCGAACCAAAGGAUGUGAGAUUGCCUCUCAGGCACACCAAAAACUAGCAGCAAUUUCUGGACCAGAAGAUGGUGAGAUUCAUCCUGAAAUCUGUAGACUAUAUAUCCAGUUGCAGUGCUGCUUAGAAAUGUACACAACAGAGAUGCUAAAAUCCAUAUGCCUGCUAGGAUCGCUUCAGCUUCAUCGGAAAGGGUUGGAAACUUGUGCGGCUCCAAAGACUGGAGACAGUAAAGUAGAGGAGAGUUCAGAAGUUCCUAUUCUAGAAGAUACAUCAUCUUCACCCACAGACAUUCAGCAACAUCUAUGGCAGGUUUCCACAGAUAUUGAAAACACAGAGAGAGAUAUGAGAGAAAUGAAAAAUCUUUUAAGUAAACUCAGGGAGACUAUGCCUUUGCCAUUGAAAAAUCAAGAUGAUAGCAGCCUCCUAAACUUGACUCCUUAUCCACUAGUGCGAAGAAGGAAGCGAAGAUUCUUUGGACUCUGCUGUCUUGUCUCAAGCUAGAAGACUCAUUACAGAAGUGCGCAGAUAACUAUAGCCAAUACAAUUGACGUUCAGCUGGAUAAACCUUGUGCUCUAACUUAAAAUGUAUGUUUUCUACACUGCCCUAAUUCUAUCUCUUCUUCUCCUUUUGACAAGUUUUACAGAUUGUUGCUGACCAGAACCAAAUGAAGAAACCAGUUUAACAUUAAGAAUAUUUUAAAUGUUUUUUAACGGCAUACUGCACGUCUGUUUGAAAUCAAUCUGUGAUUAGAGACAAAUAUUAUGAUUAUUGAAUAAAACAUGCAGAAAAUUUUAUUUGGUGUACAAAACCACAACAACCAAUUGUGUACAGUACAAUAGUAUGACUGUAGCUCUUGCUAGUAUGAUGUUAAAAUAUUUGAACAUAUUCUAUUAAGCAAUCUUAAUCCAUAGGAAAGUAUUUAGAACAGCAAAACUGUGCUUAAGUUCUAAAGCGCUAAAAUAAACAGAGCCAAUAUUGUAAGAGAACAUGCACAAACUCUCCUAUUGCUUUUUGUGCUCUCAUUCAUAUUUAGUCUUCCACUCUAUAUCUCAAUUUAUCCAAGAUCUUCAUAGUACAAUAUCUUAAUUUCAAAUACACAAGCAACUUAACAUUAAUAUGUUGAUCCUGUAAAUAUGAGAGUUAUAUCUACAUAUUGUACAAUGCAUAGAAAUAGUUAAUUUACUUUUUAAAAAGAAAUGUUAUCUAUUCAGCUUUGGGAAGAAAAGACUAAAUGUUUAAAAGACGGUGUAGGAAACUAUACAAUCCACAAAUGUAAAGCAGAUUAUCCUAUUUUGUUUUCAUUAAAGGUUGAAGCAUGGUGUCUGCACAUCAAAUUAGUGUUACUGCUUAUAGGGCAUGUCAGGAGUAGCUCUGAUUGUAAAAUAUUAAACAUUUUACAUUGUUAAUAAAUAUUUUUUAGUUAAACUAAAA